AUGGGUUUAUCUAACGUGCUCCUCAUCAAGAGUCCAGCGGGUGCUCCUGAUGAAUGCUUUUGCUGGACUGAAUUCACUGGUGGAAAAGCACGCGAUGAUAAUAGGGAACUGUAUGAAUGCCUUAACUUCGUCCUUUGUGAUGUCAAAGAGCUCAGCAAAAACACCGCACUGUUAAAUGAAUUCGCUUCUAUUAAUUGGAAGUCUUGGGAAUCUGUGUCUGCGUUCUGUGAUCUUUACAACUCUUGCAUUUCAAAUUUAUGGUCUAAGUGGAACGAAAGAGGGAUUCGCCCUGAUUUUUGUGACCGACGUGCUAAGAAUAAUCAACUCAAGAUUAUCUUAGCCCAGUGCUACAACAGAGCUGUUGAGGACCCAGAAAAACUGAACCAAUAUCCUCCAUUUUCUCCCCAAGUUUAUGGCGAAACUUCAUUUGAACUCGUCUCCCAGAUGGUUAGCACGGUUUCUAUCACGAAGGAUGAUUCAUUUAUCGACCUCGGCAGUGGAGUAGGCCAGGUCGUACUGCAAGUUGCAGCAUCAAGCAAUGCUAAAUUUUCGUAUGGCAUUGAGAAGGCGGACUAUCCUUCACGCUGUGCUCAGAGAAUGGACAAAGAAUUCCGCCGAUGGAUGGCCUUUUAUGGGAAAACCUAUCAGCCGUAUGCGUUAGUGCAGGGUGACUUCCUCUCACCUGAAUGCACCGAAAGGAUAAUCUCAUCGUCAAUCAUUUUCGCGAAUAACUUUGCAUUUGGCCCCGAAGUCGAUCAUCAACUUAAAGAGCGAUUUGCAAAUUUAAAGGAGGGUGCAAAAAUUAUUGCCUCAAAGGCGUUUUGCUCGCUUAACUUUCGCAUUAGCGACCGCAAACUUGAUGGUAAGCUCGCUUUUUAG